AUGCCACCGAAGCGCAAGAGGGCGGCCUCGGCAGCGACGACAGGAGAGGCGCCCAUAGAACAACCACAAGCCAGCUCGCGCGAUGCAUCGGGCGAAGAGGAUGUAAAGCAAAGUAAGAGCAUGGAUCCUCCAGCGAAGCGCACAAGGGCCAGUAGUAAUGCUGCCACUGCCAACGGGACUAAAAGUGCUGCCAGCGGGAGCAAGAAGCCCACCGAGAAAGUCUCCAUCGACACCGGCAGACGAGUAGAAAUGCCCAAAAACGCCGCAGAAAGCGGCGGAGAACAAGGCGAAGCAGGACACAUGCGCAUGGAAGCACCACCCAAAGCCGGCCUCGUCGACCCAGCAGGCGGCUACAAAACCAACCCACCACCGCAAGGCCGCUCCGUACGCGUCUACGCUGACGGCGUCUUCGACCUCUUCCAUCUCGGCCACGCCCGCGUCCUCCAGCAAGCGAAGAUGGCCUUCCCGGACACGUACCUGAUCGUCGGCGUCACGGGCGAUAACGAAACCUACAAACGCAAAGGCCUCACCGUCAUGUCUGCCAAAGAACGCGCCGAGUCUGUCCGGCACUGUCGCUGGGUUGAUGAAGUUGUUGAGGAUUGCCCGUGGGUUAUUGAUAUCGAUUUCCUUGAGAAGCACAAGAUUGACUAUGUCGCGCAUGAUGAUCUCCCGUAUGCUGCGAAAGAGGGCGAUGAUGUGUACGCGCCGAUUAAGGAGAAGGGGAUGUUCCUGGUGACGCAGAGGACGGAGGGCGUGAGCACGACGGGGAUCAUCACGAAGAUUGUGAGGGAUUAUGAACAGUACAUUUCCCGGCAGCUGAAGAGAGGGACGUCAAGGCAGGAGUUGAAUGUGAGUUGGUUGAAGAAGAACCAGCUGGAUAUCAAGCGCCACGUCUCCGAACUUCGCGAAACAAUACAGAACAACUGGACCACCACCGGCCGCGAGCUAAGCAACGAAUUCCGACAAUUCUGGCAACCGAGUCGACCUAACAGUCCCGCUCCGUCUGCCAGAACUGCGACUCCUUCCCGCCUCAGCAUCAACGGUACACCCAACGGCCGCAGCGGCACUCCUUCUGGUUCAACGAAGGCCCGGAACAACACGGAUUUCGCGGCGGGCUACGCAAUGGGCCUCAUCGGCGGUGUCAAGGGCUGGAUGGAAGGCAGCAAGAGGAGGAACCUCAGCGAUAGCAGAGCUGUGAGUCCCGACGACAGUGCGGAGGAGAGGAGUCCGGUGGAGAGCGAGGCUGAGAGCUCGAGGGGGAGGCAGAGCGAGAGGAUUCUGCCGAAGGGGGAGGAGUUGCCGCAUUCUUAG